AUGUUUUCUAAACCACCGAAUUCCCCAGGCCUCCUCGGGACGACACUCCUCACCCUCGCCGCCCUCACAAGCCCAACCUCGGCAUCCACAUCCCCAAAAUGCGACCCUUCAACCUUCACAUUCCCCUCCAUCCCAGGCCUCCAACACAUCAAAACAACAGCCGUCCCAGUCCACAACUACACCUCCUUUCCAAACCGCCUCUCUGAAGCGUCCCUCGCGACAACAUCCGCCUCCGCAACCGGCAUCCCCCCCUUCUGCAACGUCACAGUCUCCUACACCCACCCAGGCCACGAUGACCUCGUCAACGUACACGUCUGGCUUCCCCUCGAGAAGAGCGCGUGGAAUGAGCGGUUCAUGGGGUUAGGUGGCGGCGGGUUCGUUGUCGGGGAGGUAGAUGGCGAUGGACCGAGUGCGGCGAUUCAAGAAGGGUAUGUCGCUGCUGUCACGGACGGCGGACACCUCGCGAGUUUGCCGCCUGAUGUAUGGGCUUUACGGAGCCCGGGGAACAUUAAUUGGCCGCUGCUGGUCAACUUUGGAUACAGGAGUCUGCACGAGCUCGCUGUCGUGGGGAAGGCUGUACUGAGGGCGUACUAUGAUGCUGGGGAGAGGUAUAGCUACUUCAAGGGGUGUUCGACGGGCGGGAGGCAGGGGCUGGCUGUUGCGCAGCGGUAUCCGGGGGACUUUGACGGGGUAUUGAUUGGUUAUGCGGUGGAGGGGGUAUUGGCCUUCUGGGUUUGUGAUGGGAAGGAUGGGAAGAAGAUUGAGGGGAGGGUUUCGAGGGGGGCGGUUGAGGUUGUUGAGGAGGUUGUGGGGGGUGUGCUGGAUGAGGAGGGGAGGGAGAUGUUUCCGAGUUAUGUUCCUGGGACGCAGUUUGCUGGGUUGCUUGCCAUGAUGAAUAGUGUCUGUAAGGACGAGAUGGAUCGAACCAGGUGUGCAGGUGUGCCGUUCUCCGUGACGGAUGAAUGGAUCCGGCUGUUCAUCGAGAAGGAUCCGGCAUUUGAUCCGGCGUCGAUGUCGAGGGAGACUUUCCGGGACGUCUUCCGGCGGGGAGUCGAGGAGUACGAUUCCGUCAUCGGGACGCCCAUCCCGGAUAUGAGAAGAUUCAGGGAGCGCGGGGGAAAGGUUCUCAUGUGGCACGGUAUGGCGGACCAGGCUAUCUCUAUCAAGGUCGGAAGGGGACUGUAUGAGAAGGCCAAGGGGAUCGAGGCGAAGCGCGGAGUUGAGAUUGAGGAGUUUUGGAGGUAUUUUGAGGUUCCUGGGGUGAAUCACUGCGUUUCGAUGUAUGGAGCGCCGUUUCCCUGGAGUGCGUUGGAGAAGUUAAGGGCGUGGGUCGAGAGGGGUGUUGCGCCGGAGCAGUUGGAUGCGAGGGGUUUCAAGAUUGGAGAGGAUGGGAAGGUGGUUGUUGAUGAGGAGGUUAGAAGGAUUUGUCUUUAUCCAGAGGAAGGGGUUUGGAAUGGGAAGAUUUGGGUUUGUGUAAAGCCCGGAGAGAAGAUUGAGGUGAUCGAGGAGAAGGAGGAACUUUGA